CUUGAAGAUGGACCACCCCUUCACAUGCCGUCGGGGAUUUCCCAUCUAUUUUCUCAUUCUAUUUGCCAUCAUCUGCUUUGGAGAGGGAAAGAGGGUCCUGGUGAUUCCUGUGGAUGGAAGUCACUGGCUCAGCAUGCGGGCCGUGGUGGAGAAGCUCGCUGAAAGAGGUCAUGAGAUGGUUGUCGUGGUCCCAGAGGUUAACCUCCUGAUCAAGGAAUCAAAGUAUUACACUGUGAAAAAAUAUGCAGUGCCAUUUACUCAAGAUGAUCUUGUCCAAGGUUUAAACUCGCUUGGUAGCAGCCCGUUUGAAGAAGUUUCUUUUCCUGCCAUGAUUAUAGGUGCAUAUAGGGUCUUGAUACAACUAAUUGAGAUGCAGUCCAUUAGUUGUGACAUCCUUCUGAAGAACAGGGAAUUCAUGAGGUACCUAGCUGAGAAUCGAUUUGAUGCCCUUUUCACAGAUCCUGCUUUGCCUUGCGGUGUGAUCCUUGCUGAAUAUCUCUCUGUUCCUUCUGUGUACUUCUUUCGUGGAUUCCCAUGCAAUUUAGAGUUAGCAGUCAGCAAGUGUCCAGAUCCAGUUUCUUACGUCCCAAGGUGUUAUACUUCAUACACAGAUCAUAUGACCUUCAGUCAGCGACUGCUGAACCUCUUCAUUAGCUUCUUGGAGACAUCGUUAUUUAAAAUUCUGUACUCAAGAUACCAAGAGAUUGCUUCAGAACUUUUCCAGAGAGAAGUACACUUACCAACACUUUAUAGAAAUGGCUCUAUUUGGCUUUUGAGAUAUGACUUUGUAUUUGAAUAUCCCAGGCCUGUGAUGCCAAACAUGGUCUUCAUUGGAGGAAUAAAUUGUGAGGAAGGUAAACACUUGUCACAGGUAGGUGCUAUGUAUCAACGGGACUGGGUUCUCCACAGCUAAUAUGUGCAUUA